AUGGCUUCCGAGUCAUUCAAGAAGCAGCUCUCAUCCUACGCUAAAUACUCAUCCGCAGACAGAUCGUUUGAGGCUCCUCGCCUCACUCUAACCUUUCAAGUGAGACCCCGUUACGACCUUGACUAUAAACCCUGGGACGAAAUAUGUUUCGUGAUUACGAGAGCAGCGGAUGACCCACAAAAACAAACAUGCAUUAUUCAUUGGGACCCUAUCGAAGAUGGAUUCAACAGUGGAGAUAUACUGCUUCUUCGACACGAAGCCGGCCAACUACGGCCCGUUCCUUCUAACCAGCCAUGUACAAAGUCCAUCCAUCCACGACAAGUAUCAGUCUCGAACAAAUGCUUCAAACAACUCGAUCCAGGCGACAGAGUUGAUUGGUUCAAACCGACCAUACCCUCUACCUCUUUUGGGUUUGCCAAUGGACAGUCCUGGGAGAUAGUAUGGAAAGGAGGACAAAUCCCUUUAUGGGAUUGGGGAACAUUAGCAGAACACGAUGGCAGCCAGAUCGUUCCAAAAUCUCCGGCAAUUAUCCUUCCCAGCAGACCACCUCAGUCAUUCGAGUUCACCGACGAAGAGAGUGACAUAGAGGACGAAACGGUCUUAUAUCCGUCUUCGCCGAUCCCUCUUUCCCCCUCUGCUCGAGUAAUCGAUGCACCGGUGCUCAGCAUGAGCAUCGCUGGUCCUGAGACCUUAUCAAUGACUGAUCGUGUUCGUGGGAGAAUUCACUACCCUGUCACCAUCACCAUCACAUAUGAUCCGGCUCCUGGGCCCCCCGAUGACAGACCUGUUAUCUUCCAUGUGUGCGUCUUUACCAGUAUCGAUCGCUACACCGGUGGAUUCAAGCUCUACUUCAAAGACAGUGGUGAAUGGAUUCCAUAUCAAGUCAACCCUAUCUUCAUGCACCAUGCCUAUAGAUUCUCCAAGCCCGAGCCGUUUAAUGUUGGCCAGAACGAUGGGGAUCAAUUUCAAGCUUUGAGACCUGGAGAAUCGUGGUCAUUUACGCGGGAAGUGACUGAUUUUCCGAAGAAUGCAGCACCCGGUCAUCAAUUUCGGUAUCGGUUUAAGGGGACUUCGCCUGAGUGGUGGGAUUGGGGUAACUUCCAAGAUCAUGAUAGCACUAUAGUAUGGCUUGUGGAGGAUAGGCUUAGCGAUCCAAAAGAUAAUGAUGGCCGGCCUGCGAUUGUUAUCCCGGCUAGUAACUGGGUCGAGUUUAGGUUAGUUGAAUGA